UUCUGAGAACUGUCAGUGAAAUACAUAAAUUACAAAUUGAAAAUUUAAUUAAAAAUGUGUCAAGCUACAAAGAAAUUGAAAAUGGAAUUCUUUUUACCUAUUUUUAAAAAAGGUUAGGGCUCAAUUUACAAUGUGGAUUACAAUUUGGUUCAAAUAUUUUAUUAAAGAUUUACCAUAAGACUUAGAAACCAAUCAAGCAAGUUAUGGAUAAGCCUGUAGUCAAAGUCGUACCGCUUGCUAUCAAAUUUAAUGAUAGUGUUUCGAGGAAGCAAUGAUACUGAUGAAAAACAGCGAGCAAUCAUUAACAGCUGGCCGGAUUCAACUGAACAACCAUCGGCUCAGUCGCCUGCUAGCUGUCGCCAUGAGCACGUCCACGUCAGCCGCACUUGGAUGGUUAAUAUUCCUCCCUGUGGUCCUGAUGCAGCAGGACACUCAGACAGCCAACUGGUCGGCCCAAAUCGAACUGGAGCUUCGGGAACAGCCGGACAAGUUGGCCUAUUGCCGGGCCCUCCAGCAAAAGAACCUGCAAAUAGUGCUCCAAAACACUGGAUGUGCCUCUAUUCUGAACGACCAGCUCGCCGUGACAGGCGAACUGCUACUCGAGACUCAAAAGCGCUGCUGGUCCGGAUGGGUGCUCUCUGGAAGGCGAUGCCGCAAGAUAGCCUGAAUGUGGAGUCUUUAAGGAUAACCAAAUCCUCGAAAGUUUAGGCAAACGAAAAUAAAGAACACAAUGGCAAAUUGCACCCAGAUCCCAGAUUUUCGAGUUGAUUUUAGGCUCUCCACUGCCAUAAAACCCAAGCAUCCAUCAUAUAUUCGUGCUAACCCUAAUCAAGGAAUGGUUCGUUAUGUGUAUAGACGUCAUGUUGGCUUGUCAGGUCGCCUUUGGGCAAAUAACAACAAUAGCCGACGGAUGAGGCUGAAAGAGUGUUGUGAGCCAUUUUUGUUUAUCAACCUUCCGUAUGGAAAAAAGUGUCCAAAGAAGUCAAUCAACUUCCGCUUAGCCGUUGCCUUUUUUUGGCCCGUUUGGCCAGUUAGUCCAAGGAUUCCUUCCUUUAGUGUCUCGCAUGGUUGCCAUCGCCACUAAAACGCCAAAAUACCGAGUGUCAAUCUAAAAACCAGUAACGGAAUGUUGGCGCCCAUGAAAGCUGGUGUUAUGAGUGGUUUCGUUGAACAAGUGUGAAAAGCUGAGAAUUUAAUAUCUGGUGAAGCAUGCGGAUUUCGUACAUGGGCACUGACGUGUUUAUACCCACAUUUCAGCAAAUGAUGUGUGCUGAAAUAAAUAUCGUCUCAUAUGCGGUACUAAAGUAGCUCCACAUUGCACACAUUCUUUGUUGAAAUCAUAAAUAAUAAAAUAAAGUUAAUAGAUAAUGACCUAAACGAUUGCAGGAAGAAAUGUAAAGUAAUUCAUGGU